AGGGAAUUCUUGCAGGUGAGGGUACGCCAACAAUCGCACGCAGUGAUGACUUCUGCAGCUUAUACCAUUUACAGCUUAAAAAUGCUAAAUGUUUCAACGGCAAUUAGGAGUUUCCAGUGCUGAGGUAAUCUUAGGUCUUGCUGCAACUACAAGGGUGUGAUCACAAGAUUAGACAGUGGGAGGGAAGGAUCCCAGUCUCUAACCAGUCUUUGAAGAAUGGCUCCACAAUAGCCGAAAGAGCGAACAUAUAGGAUCUAAUGAGGCUGUUAUCUGAUGUGGAUAAGUGCAGUCCACAAACUGUAUGAGUAACAGACUGGCUUCACAUAGACAGGUCCCUGGAAAACACUGCGUCUCACAGUGGGCAUACUGAAGCUUCCCUCUCUUCUGUAGGAACUUGUCAAGACACCAGUGCCUGCAGCAUGUUGCAGACCGUCUCUGAAUGGCUGUGGUGGGAGCGUCUGUGGCUGCCAGAAAACGUCUCCUGGUCUGAUCUGGAGGACAGUGAAGGUCGUGUCUACGCUAAAGCCUCCCAACUUUACGCUGCUCUGCCCUGCGCCCUCUGCAUGCUCCUAGUCAGAUACCUGUUUGAGAGGUAUCUGGCCGCACCACUGGCUGAUGUUUGGGAAAUCAGGGACAGGGUACGACUCACUGCAGCACCCAACCCAGUCCUAGAAAACUACUUCUGCAGCCAAGCACGGGUUCCAUCAAAGGCUGAUGUGACGUCUCUGUGUAAGAAGACCAGUUGGCCGGAAAGGAGAGUUCAAGUCUGGUUCAGGAGGAGGAGGAACCAGGAGCGUCCAGGGCUUCGCAAGAGGUUCUGCGAGGCUAGUUGGAGAUGUGUGUUUUAUUUUUUUGCAUUUGUCUAUGGAGUCCUAGCUCUCUAUGAUAAACCUUGGUUCUAUAAUCUGAAGGAGGUUUGGGCAGGCUUCCCUAAACAAUCCAUGCUGCCAUCUCAGUACUGGUAUUAUCUCUUGGAAAUGGGCUUCUACUCUUCUCUGCUCCUCAGCCUCACUUUCGAUGUUAAACGGAAGGACUUCAAAGAGCAGGUGAUUCAUCACAUAGCCACACUGACUCUUCUGAGUUUCUCCUGGAUUUCAAACUACAUCCGUAUUGGGACGCUUGUGAUGGCAGUUCAUGACUCCGCCGACAUACUGCUCGAGGGUGCAAAGGUAUUAAACUACGCCAAGUGGCACCGGACUGCUAAUGCCAUGUUUGUGGUGUUCACAUUUCUCUUUAUGCUGACAAGACUUGUCAUAUUUCCAUUCUGGUUGAUCCACUGUACAUGGGUUUACCCACUGGAGGAGUUUGCUCCCUUCUUUGGCUACUACUUCUUCAAUGUGAUGUUGUUGGUGCUGCAGAUGCUCCACUUCUACUGGGCUGUUCUCAUAUCACGAAUGCUCUACAAGUGUAUCUUCAGCAAGCUGGAAGGUGAUGACAGGAGCGAUGCAGAGGAGGAUGACAGUGACUCACCGAUGGAAAGAAACCACAAAUCCAGUCACAUCAAUGGCUCUGGAGCCAGAGGCCGGGCCAAUGGCCACUAACGCAUACACACAGGCGGAAGCAGAGAAAAAGGAAACUGGACAGCAGACACAUGGACAGAUUCAGUCUGAAUCACAGCUGUUAGAAUCUAAUUGCUUAUAAGAAACAGUAAAUACUCUGAUACACAGAGAUUAUUAUUUAAAGGCACUGUGAAGGAUUAUACAUAAACAGAUGUCAGGCUUUGUCGUUUCUGGAGUUCCUCAAUUCAGAACCUUUUAAUAACUACCUUAUUCUUCUCCUAAUUAAAAAUAGAGGAAGACACCUUCAAUAUUUUGUUUUUGCAUGUUGUAUGUUGUUGAGAAUAAUUAUAAUCACAGUAAAAAUGAUGACGUGAGUCACAUGUGUGGAUAUAUGUGCUUCUACCAGUGUGUUUGGUCGGGCACAUUAAUGCAAAACCAAAGCUACGAGGAAAUGUUUUUAAUGUGAUUUUAAAACUGUAUGUGUAUGUGUACUUUUUUAAUACAACAUAUGUGUGUCAGUA